AUGAGCAACGCGGACAGUAAGCCAACGGAGAGUACGUUCUGUCAGAUUAUGAAGCCCAUCUAUUGGGUAUCGAAGUCGACCGGGCUGUGGCCGCAGUCGUUUAUCCAGUCGUCACCCGGUGUGACGGUGCUCGACAUUGGCUACAUCAUUUUUAUCUACGUCCUGUUUGGGUAUCUCAUCGCUAUCAACAUGAGCGCGAAGCUGUGGGACUACUACAUGACACCGUUUGGGUCGGAAAUCCUUCGGUACGGAUUACAGACACAUCUAGUCAAUGGGCUGUGUCUUGGUGUACUAAUAAUUACCACCAACGUUGUGCAAUACCGAAGAAAGUGGGAAUACAUGAGCUUGCUGGACGCAAUAACGAAGGUAGUCGAACAGGAGUUUCAUGUAAAAAAUCCUGUGAGAGUUGUGCAACUUUUCAUAGCGUUCAUUAUAUUUUGGGAAAACGCGUACCUCCUGUUGGUGUUGAGUGGUUACUACUUUCUGAUAGACAGAACUUUAAACAUACGGACCAGCUAUCUCUACACAUCCUACUACAUUAUGAACGUAUCCAUGUUGGCUCUUAUCAACGAGUAUACUUACUUCAUUGUACACAUCCGACGGCUCAUGACGAUCGUAAACAGGCUGCUGAAGCAGUUACUGUUGAACGAUGCCGAAAGUGAGCUGAUUCUACUCGACAAGGGUCGCAAGGCCAAAACGCCAACCAUCGCGUACGAUGAGAUUUUUACGAUUUACGGACAAAUCGGAAAGGACUUUGCCAACGGUGGAAGUCAAAUGAAACCAAACAAGGCAACAAAGACUUUCGUGGUGCCGCCAGCGUCGGCAGGAUUCAACAAAUUCUCGCCGAUGACCGUGUACAACACCUUUGUCACUCAGCUGAAGAUCGACGGCGAGUCCAGCAUGGAUUCGAUACUAAAAUCACUGAACCGUCUUUCCGUUUUGCACUAUCACCUGUGCGAUGCGAUCCGACUGGUCAAUCGCAUAUCGUCGCUCCCGAUGAUGCUACAGUUUGGGGCCAUAUUUGUGUUUCUAGUGUUUGGCCUGUUCACCAUCUACAAAGCAUUCAAUUCCGGAACGUGGGCAUUCAAAAUUAUGGCCGUGGCUAACGCUUCGUGGAUUGCGUUCUACUUGGUGGCAAUUUUGACCGUCAUCACCGCCACCUCGUCAGCCACGACCGCGGGCCGCGCUACGGGCGAUAUCAUCCACCAGAUUAUACGAAAGCAUCAGAACCACUUCACGAGCGACGUAAUUGAGAGGCUUUCCACAAUGUCACUGCAAAUAAAAAUGCGCGAAAUGUCCUUCUCCUGCGGCUUAUUCCAGUUCGAUUGGCAACUGUUUAGCUCGAUACUUUCAGCGUGCGCAAUGUACCUGGUGUUUCUGAUUCAGUUCGACGUAACACCUCCGCUUGGGCUUUCAUCGAGCAAUCUUACCUUGCCGUCUAUCGAAAUAUUUAACAUUCCGACCGACGGUGAAUAG